UGUAUUUACAUUUUGAUACUCAAGUUAAAAGUCGAUCAAAAGAGGUCGGAAAGAGAGUGAAAAGUAAAUGAGAUAGGAGAAAGAAUAUAAAAUAGUAUAUGGAUUGCUUUAUUUAUAAGUGGAAUGUGAGGGGUCUAUAAGAUAGAAUAAUAACGUAGCCAAAUUAACAUGACAUUAUACAUAUCAAAUUGAUCCGACAUAUCAAGUCAACCCAAAAAUGAAAAAUGCUCAUGAUUAUCUACUAAUAGUCUCUAACAAAGGAAAGGAUCAAUUUACAUUUGACUAGUUAUAUAUCUAGCUUUUGUUCAACACAUUUUGGUUUGAAGGAUCGAUUUCUUUUCAUAACAUCUACUAAAAUAUAUAUUAACCCUCUCUAUGCGCCUAAACUGCAAAAUACAGCAGCUUGUUUAAGCAGUCCGUCUUUAAUUAUAUUCAAUGGUUAAACCAGGCAGCCUUUUGAAUGGAGACCGUAAAACUGUUGUCCCUUUUGAAAACCUGCAUUAGUUCCAAAUCAUUGGUAAAGGGUAAGCUCAUUCACCAGAAAAUAAUCACUUUAGGCUUGCACAACAACCUUGCCUUAUGCAAAAACCUCAUCAGCUUUUAUUUCUCUUGCCAUUUACAUCGCUUGGCAGAUCGUGUUUUUAAGACCAUUAACAACCCGUUAGAUAUUUCUUUGUGGAAUGGCCUCAUGGCUGCUUACACUAAGAACUUCCUGUUUUUUGAAGCUCUUGAGCUUUUUGAGAGGUUACGGAAAUAUCCUUAUUUGAAGCCCAACACUUUCACCUACCCAAGUCUGCUAAAGGCUUGUGGUGGAUUGGGAAGUGUUGGUUAUGGGAAAAUGAUCCAUACCCAUUUGAUAAAAGUCGGAUUUUUAUAUGAUGUUGUUGUUGCAAGCUCUCUUGUACGCAUGUACGCAAAGUGCAAUAUGUUUGGGCAGGCUACACGCAUGUUUGAUGAAAUGCCUGAGAGAGACGUUGCUUGCUGGAACACUGUUAUUUCGUGUUAUUAUCAAGAUGGGAAAGCUGAAAAGGCAUUGGAAUUGUUUGGGAAAAUGAGGGAUGCUGGGUUUGAGCCUAAUUCAGUAACACUAACAAUUAUUAUCUCAUCAUGUGCAAGGCUUAUGGAUUUGGAAAGAGGGAAGGAGAUUCAUCGACAAAUGGUAAAAAAUGGGCUCGUGUUGGAUGGUUUUCUUGGCUCUGCUCUUGUUGAUAUGUAUGGAAAAUGCGGUUGUAUAAAGAUGGCUAGGGAGGUAUUUGAGCAAAUACCAGAAAAGGGUGUGAUCACUUGGAAUACCAUGAUUGCUAGUUACAGUUCAAUUGGUAAUAGCCAAUCAUGCAUUGAACUCUUUAAGAGGAUGAAUGUGGAAGGGAUCAUACCCUCUCUAACUACUUUAAGCAGCAUAUUAGUGGCUUGUUCAAGAUCAGCCCAACUUCACCAUGGAAAAUGUAUACAUGGUUACAUGAUCAGAAACAUGAUAGAAACUGAUAUCUUUGUUAACAACUCACUUAUUGAUUUAUACUUCAAAUGCGGAAGUGUUCAUUCAGCUGAAAAUAUCUUUAAGAUGAUGCCAAGGACAGACGUAGUCUCUUGGAAUGUUAUGAUUUCUGGAUAUGUGUUUGUUGGAAAAUGUUUUGAUGCUCUUGGCAUCCAUGAAACAAUGAUGAAAGCUGGUGUAAAUCCAGAUGCAGUAACAUUUACUAAUGUCUUAGCAGCUUGUUCACAGUUAGCAGCCUUAGAAAAAGGGAAGGAGAUUCAUAAUUCUAUAACUGAGAGCAAGUUGGAAAGAAAUGAAGUGGUCAUGGGGGCACUCCUACACAUGUAUGCGAAAUGUGGUGCAGUAGAUAAAGCAUUUAGAAUUUUCUGUGAGUUACCGGAGAGGGAUCUUGUGUCUUGGACUUCUAUGAUCACUGCUUAUGGAUCUCAUGGUCAAGCUCUAGAUGCUUUGAAGCUUUUUGGUCAAAUGCAGCAAUCCAAUGAAAAACCAGAUGGAGUUACUUUUCUUGCCGUUUUAUCUGCGUGUAGCCAUGGAGGAUUGAUUGAUGAAGGUUGCUAUUAUUUCAAACAAAUGACCAGUGAGCAUAGCAUUAAGCCUCAACCUGAGCACUAUUCAUGCUUGAUUGAUCUUCUUGGACGUGCUGGACGAUUACAUGAAGCAUAUGAGAUUCUCCAAAGUACCCCAGAAACUAGAGAGGAUGUUGAGUUGCUGAGCACACUAUUUUAUGCAUGCCAUUUGCAUAGGUGUUUAGAGCUGGGAGAGAAAAUUGCAGAAUUGCUUAUCGAGAAAGACCCUGGUGAUUCAUCAAUCUAUAUUAUUUUGUCAAAUAUGUAUGCUUCUGCCAAGAAAUGGAACAAGGUAGGCAAAGUGAGAUUAAAGAUGAAAGAACUAGGACUGAAAAAGAACCCUGGUUGUAGUUGGAUUGAGGUUGACCAGAAGAUCCAACCUUUCUUUGUAGAAGAUAAUUCACACCCACAAGCAAAGAUCAUGUAUGAUUGUCUAUCAAGCCUUAAUAAUUACAUGGAGAAGGAUGAUAUGAUGGCAGCUCUCGAAUCAAGAAUAGUGCAAGGUGUUUUAUAAAACUGAACAACUCACGCAGUGCUAGCAACUUAAUGUUACAGGUGACUAGUAUCAUAAGGAAUUAUAUUUGUUUGUGGUUCUAAGUUCAGGAUGCUUUGGGAACACUUGCCAUCUACUGAUCUUAUUGAGUUGUUCAAUGAAGUAAAAUUCGAGUGCUAUCAAGCAACUAGAGAUUUUUGAGAAGCUGUGGAUGGUAUGUACAGCAUGCAUCAAACUCAUGUGAACAUGCCUCCUUAUGCAUAGAGUGGACUCAAUGAUGUAAUCUUUGUUCAAUUUGUAGAAUCCCGAUUUCGGCUUUAUAGGUGAAUGUAUACAUGCAGGGCCUUAUUUCAGAAACUAUGACGAGACAAAGGUUUGAAGAUAAAGAAGAUAAGCAUGCUCAACUGACUGCUAAUGUGCAAGGCCAUUUCUAUUUUAAGCCUUGGAGAACCAUCUGAGAUGUGUCUUUGUUGGAAAUUCACAUUUUUAUAGAGAGAUAAGAAGGGAGCCCUCCCAGUUAAAACUUUUUUGUUUUUCAGAACUGCUUUCGAAUAAAGAAAAAUGACACUAGAAAUCAAAUCAUCAAUCAAUUGAUCAUGCCCUGUUAAUUGAUGCAGCAGAAAAGCUGUGAUUAAGCAGCUCAUUUCAAUGCCUAUUUGCAGAAAGAAAAGAA